GGGCGCUUCUGCAUCGUGAGAGUUCCCAGAUGCCUCUGCAAGUCCGCGAACCCCCAUUGCAGCAGACACACAUGCGGCAGAGGAAAAGGGCUGCGCGAAGAAAACGCUGGACAGCAGAGGCAGAUGCCAAGAGAAAGAACACCGCGGGAGUUUCUGCGGACAGGGGACCUGUGGACUUCUCCAGCACCCACACGCGUUCCCUCUUUUCACUCCUCUCGCUGUCUGUCGGUGAGCACGGGGAAAACGCCUCCAUUUGUAAAGCUUUCUCCGCUGUCGCCCCAAGUGUACAUACACCGCACAACCCUGUGUAUGUGCGAGUCUGGCAGCGCAUCAGCGGGCGACCACAUUUCCUCGGUUCUCGAGCUCCGCUUCCCGGCGGGCUUGCCAGCCCCUUCUCUUCACUGACACGCCAAGGACAGCUCGAGGAGCCGCGAGGAAGCUGAUUCUCUCCGUUUUACGUCGUCCCGCCACAGAAAAACCGCCCUCCAACGCCGCCUUCGCUUCUGAGGCUCACACCGCCAAGUUUGGGUGUAUGUACACCGCGUUGUCUCAACGCGUCGGGCGCAGGCUGGACAAACGACCGUGCACACCGGGUCGUUUUUUUCCCCGUUUCAGUUCUUCGUCCCGCCUCUCUCGUCUCCUUUUCCGAAUCUAUACGAAGCAGGUUGCCCUCGGCUGUGCCGUGUCGUUUCUGCCUUCUACCGCCUCCGCCUCCCAGUGCGUCGCGCUGGACCUUCUCAGGUGUAGGCGCUAGCUGCUUGUUUUUCCUUUCCGUUUCUCCCUCCUCUUAGUGUGCCCCGUCGCCUCGGCCGACUCAGGACCUCCCCGAGUCGCCCUCGAGACCCGAAGGAUCUGUGAGAGGCGUCAUCCGUGUAUUGCUGUCGCCGCGCUUAGUAACCGCGAGACAAAACGACUACUCAGGCGCUAGGGAUCGAGUGACUUCCGUCCCGAGUGUCGACGUAGCCACACACCGCUCCCCCGGAACUCGCCACUGCGCAGGUCGUCGGAGGCAGCGGCGCCUCUGAGGGAUCGCAAGCGAGACUGGUCAUGCACCUCAGCUGAGGACGAAAAACCUUCGUCUUGGUGGGCGGAAACAGAAGAUCAAGGCCGCGUCAAAGUCGGCAGCGAGGCUAGAGGAGAACGCAUUGGUCUGGAGACGCGGAGUCGCCCCUCUCAGCUCCUUCGCCCUCUGUAGCCAUGGAGGAGGCGACAGCCGCUGUGGCGCGUUGCCACGAAGGAGGAGACGCUUUGCCUGCUUGCCCUGUCGCUGCUGCGCCGCCUUUGGACUUCGCGUCUCUCUAUCUGGCGGAAGGGUCUCUGCACUUCCCCGCGUUCGUCGCGCCCUUCUUGUUGGCGGAGACAGCUGACCAAGUCGUCGAACUCCUCGCUCUUCUCGAGGAGCCAGAGAAACUCGCGAGAGACUACGGACGACUCGGACGCGCGCUGCGCCUUCUUCGCAGGCUGCUGCGAACCGGUAUGGUCGACGCCAUCCCGCUCGCUCAGUGGGUGCACGUCGCCGCGGGUCUCUCUCGCCUCCUCGUGGGCGACCUUGGUGAAAAUGGAGAAGACGGAGAAAGUGGAGAGGACGGAGAAAGUGGAGAGGACGAGAUCGGGGAAGAAAGUGGAGAGGAAGAGAUCGGGGAAGAAAGUGGAGAAGGAUGUGAGGAAGAGGGUGAUGAGGAAGAAGGCGCGGGAGAGGAUGAGGCCGUGAGUGGGAUGGACGAGGAUGAUGAUGUGGAGAGUCGAGCGGAAGGGGGAGACAGAGGUCCAGACAGCCGCCGGGGAGAGGGUGGCCGAGAGUCGAGGAGACAGCGGGCGAAGAUCUUCCUUGUCGAGAGUGAGAACUCCACUGGAGAGGACUCGGGGGAGGAAGACGGGGAAGGAAAACGACCAAGAGGAGGCAGUGCGCGACUGUCGACCUCUCAGCUAAUUCGUGUGUGCGAGGCUCUCGAUGACGUUCUUGAUGUCAUCCGAUCGGGGUACUUGCCGCCGCUGUGGAUGAAGCCGACGGCUUCUUCUCGCUACGCCCAGAGCGUUGCGCCUGCCUCCGCAGCUGCGUCGCCCUGGCGCCAGGGACUGCGACUCUCUCGCCGCGGUGGAGGUACACCGUACGCACUGCCCCGUGAGUCACCGGCGGUGCCUGACAGCGGCGGGGGAGAAGGCGCCGAGGAAGCAGACUCAACGAUGAGAGAUUUGGACGAGAGAGAAGGAAACGAGUUUCGCCAAGAGAAGGAAGGCAGUUGCGUAGGGAAGGAGAGAGAAGAAGACGUCUCUUCAUCUCGAGCAGAAGAGUGCUUAGAGACUCAAGCGCGCAUGGAGGAACGAACUCCGUUGGAAACUUUGAAAAAGCAUCUAAAAUGGAGAUGGAUGCUCCUUCACCUUCUUCGGAGAUUUGACCGCUCGUACAGAGGCCAGGUCGGGACCAGCACUGCUCGGAGAAAGGCUCUCGUCACCGCCCUGGUUCGUCUGGCUUCCGCCUGUCGCCCAUUCUGGGGAUUUUCGCCUGCUUUUUACUCCAGCUCCGAGCCCAACGGUUCUCUCGCAGAUCCGGAUUCGUAUCGUCUCCCGUCUCCUCUCGCUUCCCCUUCUUCUUUCUCCUUCGCUUCUCGCGCGUCGUCUUCGUCUGCUCUUCAGUUCCUGAAGACCGUGGCUGAGUGCCGAGAAGAAGCGGAUCUGGCGUCUCUGGUGAUGCACGGCGUGAGACACGGUACGUUGUUUGAGGCUCUGGACUUGCUGGUGCGGACGACGAACCUGACGAGCGCGCGGCUGUUUCUCCGCUUUCGCCUGCUUCUUCUCUUCGCGCCUCCUCCCUUCUGCUUCUCGCUGGUUCGCGACGGCCGGCUCAUGCGCCUCUGGGGGUGGGUCGACGGCGCGUUUGCGCCUUCCUGGGACGCGCUGUUUGUCGUCCUGCUCUUCCGCGCAUGCAAAUUCGGCUGGGCAACGGGGCGACCGCUCUCGUGCAGUCUGCGUCGCCUUCUGCCCUUCCUCUUCCAGAUCCUCUUGCGCGUAUUUCAGCUACCGCACUCAGCCCCCGCAGCCGCCGCGACGCUCAAGCGCCAGCGAGAGACGAUUCCUGGAGAGUUCACUCCGCUCCUGGAGAACCAGUUCCAGACGCCUUCGCAAAUGGCCAAGGUCCUCGCGUUGCUUCUGGAACCUCUGCCCGCGGGGGAGGAGGCCGGGGAAGUGUGUGGAAGAGGACGGGAGCGGAAGAAGGUCGAGCGGCCCCUUUUUUCCGCGGGUGGAGAAGAGACGCAUUCGGAGGAGAAGUCUCUCGAGGAAGGCGAGGGAAUGACCGCCUUCAAACUCCUCGAGUCCCUCCUCUCCACUCUGCUCAUCUACACACACCCCUCGUCAGAUGGCGGCCGCGGAGCCGCAGCCAUCGGCGCGUUCCUCAACGCCUUCAUUUCGGCUUAUAUCCGGAGAAUCCAACGCGAACGGCUCGGAGAGAACGUCGUGCGGCGCGCCUGCGGACGCCACCUUUCUGGCUGCUGUCUCGGUCGGUGCUCUGCAGGCAGGCGGGACCCGGAGAGAAAGGAAGCAGAUGAAGCGAGCGAGAGAGGAGGAGAAGAAGACGCAAGAGAAACAGGAAAGGGAGGGAAGUCCUGCGAGUGCUGCUGGUGUCGAGAGGGCGCGACGCCUGGAAAAGAGUUUCUCUGUCGAAGACUCGGACGCCGGGAAGACGAGAAGGUCGUGCAGCUCCUCGCGCCGAUCUUUCUGCAGGGAAUGUUCAGCAAACACAUGGCUGUCGCUUCCUGCUACGAGGACGGCAUGAAGCUUCUUUGUCACUUGCAACCUGAGACGGUGGUAGAGGGCGUUCUUGAGCGCGCAGCAGCCAGCCUGGAAACUGUGACAGAAGCGAACCACACAAACACCGUCCAGCUGCUGUCGCGGAGCGCUCAGACUCUCGUCAAGUUCGCUCCCUCCGCUGUGCCGACGAUCCUCUCGCUGACGCUGCCGGGCCUCGAUCCCGCCGAUCCCCUCAAGACUUUCCUCACGCUCUCUUUCUACACCGUCCUUUUCUCCUACAUUCCCCUCAUCGACUGCUCCGGCGUCUCCGACUCGGUCAAAAGAGACUUCCAAAGGCGCCUGCGACGCGCAUACCUUCCGCGACAGGCGCUCCAACCUUGUUCUUCUCGUUCUUCCUCUCGCUUCCAUUGUUAUUCUUCGGUUGCUUCGCAAGAGGCUGCGGUGUGUGGGGAGUGCGCAGCGGUUUUGCCUGAGGCGCUGGCUGCUGCCGGCGGCCCUCGGCAAUUUGUCAAUUUGACGAAUUACCCCGGAAGUUUUUUGCCUGAGUCUGCGCCGGAAGAAGGCGAAGGACGUCUGCGACGUCCCGAUACUUCUGAUUGCGGCCCUGUCUCACCUGACUCGUCUGACUCGUCUGCCUCGUCCCCGCGCUUUGUGUUGUUUGGAGAAGACGGAGAGAAGACGAGCCAGGCAAGAGAAGGCGAGAGGGUACGGGACUCUCGGGGACUGUACAGAGUGCAGGCAGACUGCUGGCAACACAAGAUGCUCGUCGACGAAGAGUUUUUCUCCACGUUGGUUUCUCAGAGAGAGGCUGCCUCGGCGUUCCUGCCCGAAUGGGUCGAUGCUUGGUUCGAACAGAUUCUCCAACUCGUCAAACACAGCGGCAAACCUUCGGAGAAGAGCGGCGGACCGUUGGCGCGCCUCGACCGAGGGACGACGGCGAUUUUGCGAGCCUGUGUGGGGGCAGUCGUGUGUCAAGUGGACGAGACUGUGGCGGGGCGUUUGAUCGACAAGUUUAUCUCGUGGACAGAAACCUCUUUUUUCGGAGAAGCGGUCAAACAGGCGCAGAGCCUCGCAGUGCCCCUGGCCGCGGCGAUGCCCCGCCAAAUGCUCGUGAAGCUUGUGCGGCGCGUCUGCAAGAAGCUUCUCGCGGAUGACGCAGCGCCGAGCGCCUCUGGAGAGCAGACGCUGCGCCUGACGCAGGACGGAGACGGCGCCAGCGAACUGGACGAAGAAGACAAGGCCUCGAGAACUUCUUCUGGAUUCCACGUUCCUGCGAGUCGUCUCCGAACCGGUGUGAGUCAACAGGCGGUCGUGUGGAACAUGCGCCUGGUGUGCGCCUCAGUCCGGAGCGCAGGGGCGGAGCUGCUGGACUUCUCCACCGACUUGUUUCGCCUCGCGCAUGCAUGUUUCCAACAUGAAAGCAAGGAAGUCUUCAAACUCGGCGCGAAGCUGCUGCGGCGCUUGCUCGAGGCUUCUCUCGGCGUGUAUCCCUGGAGGCUGUGCGGCCAGCGCUGCAUGGGGGCCGACGAGUGGCGCGCGGAGACGCGGAGACUCUUCGUUCUGCGCUGGGGUGAGCCUUUCUGGCUGCAACGCGGCGCGGAAAAGAUCGACUGGCAUGUCCCGAGCGAGGCGGAGGCGGAGUUCGCGACGAACGCUGUCUCCUACGGACUCCUCGUGUGCAAGUUCCUCCUCAAAGACGUCUUCCCGCCUACGCCAGACUCCCCCCAGUCCCCUCCACGUCCUUCCUCGCCAGGCGUCUCCGUCCCUCGAGCGGUGUCGAGCUCUCCACCCUUGUCGUCGUUCUCUGCCGACUGGAAGGCGUCACCGGAGUCGCCAGGCGUUUGCCUGAGAGUCUCAGAGCAAGAGUCGGCGAGUGGCGAAGGCGACGUGGAGGCGGCGAGGAGGCGCAGAUCGAGAUUUGCGCCUCGAAAAGAGAAGCCUUGGCACCCGCAUUUCGAGGACUUCCGUUCCAUCCCGUUCCCCGCUUCCUUCUUCCCCCUGGGGCCUGAGGAAGCUUCUCCGCGCGGCCGCGCCUCUGCAGACGCGCAUGCUUCGUCUCUUCUCGCCAGUCCAAGCACGGAGUUCGUCACGACUUGCAAGAAGCUGGGCGCCGCCGCUCUGCUUGCUCGCGCUCUUCUUCUCUGUCGCUCUCUGCUGAAAGGCGCUGCUGUUCUGUACCCCGACGAGCUUCCUCGCCAUGGCAACGGUCUCCCCCUUGUCUCGCCCCUUGCCUCGGAAGAGAGGGGACUUUUCUCGCGCGACACGGAAAGGCGAACAAGUCGAGGAGAGCAGGAACUCGGUGCGGAGGCGGACCAGCAGUCUGAGCGUCACCGCGGAGGCUUCUGCGUCGCGCCGCUUGUGAACUUCUCCGCCUCGCUGGUUCUCCGCAUCGACCAUGUCUUCCUCAGACGAGAAGAGAGACAGCCGAGACGCAUGCCGAGAGGCCAAGUCCCAGGCGAACGCGCCGGGGACAACGAAGCCUCCGAGUCGCCCUCCGGUGCUCGGACGUCUCCUUCGACGCUUGCUUCUGCAAAGGCUUCUGCUUCGUCUCAUUCUGCUUCUUCGUCUUCUUCGUCGUCUUCAGCUGUAGCGCUGGGCCUCGAGGAGGCGAAGCUGCAGAAGAAGCUUUUACGACUCGCCUGCCAGCUGCUGGUACGCGUGAGCAGCGGCGCUGCUCUGGAGAGCUGCAAGGGCGCUCGCGGCGGCGACGCAGAAGCGAAAGGCGGAAUUGCCGGCAAAGACGCAAUUGGGUAUUUGUCCUGUAACUCCGGCGUGCAUGCGUUCUCGUAUCUCUGCGACGUUCCUCGAGGGGUGUGGACGCAGACAGUCGUUUCUGCGUGGUCGCGGCGAGUAGCGGCGAGGAGAAGUCAACACCCUUUCGCCGGGUGGAGACGGCCUGUGGUGCUCCUCGUCGCCCGUCUCGCAGCGUACCACUAUGCCGAAACGCGACGCUACGCCCAGCAAGUCCUGCGAGAGUCGUUUGGAGUGAUCUGCGGCGCUCGACGUUUCGUCACUUCUCUCCUUCUUCGCGACUUGUCGGAGGAGUGCGAAAAGCAUCUCCAGAGAGAACGCGAGAUCGCGGAUGGUCGUCACUUGCUUUCUCCUACCUCUCUCGCGUCUCCGCGACUUCCCUCCCCGACAGCCUCUCCUUCGCCACGGCCUUCGUCUCCGCUUCAGUCCGAGACUGAAAAAAGCGAGAAGCAAGCAGGAAACCUCGACGUUCCGUCGCCUGCGCCGUCAGUCAGCAGGCCGCCCAGUGAAAUCGACUCCACAGCGGAGCUCUCUGGGCCCAGCUCCGACGCUCUCGUCUCGCCAGUCACGGCGCUUCUGCCUCCUGAUGAGGCCGGAGAAGGCCCAGCUGGAGCUGGAAGCGCUUCUCCUUCUUCUCCAUCGCCGGACGCUGCAGAGACGCCGACGGACGCAGAAGAAGACGGAGAAGGAUUUGCGGCAGUCAAUGCUACCGCUGGUCCAGGAAACGCGUCUUCGCUUUCCGUUGUGCGGACGCAUGCAGAGAGCGACUCGGAGGAUCUCUUCUACGCUCAGCUCACAGGCGUAGCCUACACACUGACCAGCGAGUCAUUGAUGAGGCGAGUGUGGGGUGACGAGGCUCUCGCGGCACUGGCUCUGCGAACGCUUCUCCUCGUUUUCCAAGUCAAGAUCGGCAAGGAUACAAUUCCGCACCGGUGGGUAGCGCUGACGCAUGCGCUGCUCAACUGCCGUGAGAAAUUCCGACGAAACGCGCGUUUUCAAAAGCAUCUGGUGAAGACUGUGCUGCUGCCACUGCUCGCGCGCCUGCUGCAGAAAUCUGUCGCUUCUUCGCAGCUUCUCUGCCGGACGCCGCGGGUGGACAGACAGCCGAGUUGUCACUGGCGUUUCGUCCUCGUCGCCACAUGCGUCUCCGUUUGUCUGAAUGGGCCGCCUGUCCCCGAAGCUCUCCCCGCGUACUCUCAGUGGCUGCUCCAGGCGAUCGACAGUCGCAUGCAUCCACCUCUCCUCAACACGGUCGCCAUGUUCGGCCUCAUGCUCCUCCUCAAGUUCUUCCUCAAACACCCGCAGAAAGAGAUUCCUGAAUCCUUUCUGACUGCGCUUCACUCGUCGUCGGUGCUGAAGAAGUGGAUUGCCUCCCAAGUGAUCGUCCACCACGAGAACGCGAGACCCGCAGGCGCCAGCGGCAUGGGCCGACACCAAGGCUCAGACAGUGCGUACCAGCUGGUGGUGGAUGUGAUCAAGAUCGAUCGAAGUUGGCCUUCGUCUCGAACCAGUCGCGUCUCCAAAGCGCUUUCUCUCCACAACACUCUGUCUGCGAAGACGUUCUUUCAGUUUCUCCUCGCCACCCGAGGACGUCUCGCUGCGCUGCCGCCCGGCACCGCUCCCGGCGGCGAGGCGACGGAGACUGGGCGCGUCUGCGAGGAAGAAAACGGCGCAGGAAGAAGAGGCGAGAGCGUCUUUUCGCUCUUCCGGACGCUCGGCGAAGAACUCCUUGCGCUGUCUGCACACUCGAGCAGCGAGGUCGAGUACCACAUUGCGAUCGUCGAAAUCGUCGCCGGCGCCGCAGCAGCUCUGCGCAAGGAAGGCGACGAGGAAGUUCGCAGCGAACUCUGGAAGUCUCUUUGGCCUGCGAUGGCUGCGGAGUACAAGCAGCUGGACGAGGUGCGUCUCCUCGCUUGGCUGGACGCCAUCCGCUUCGCUCUGCAACGUCCAGAAAAGAAAUUCCGCGUGAGGCGAGAAAACCAGUCGGCGAACGCAUGCAUAGAGAACAAUCGAGAAAAAAAGAGAGUCCCCGAAGAAGAACAAAUGCGCAGACUUCUCCCCCUGGUCAACUUCUGCAUCCACGCGACGACGGCUGCGCCCAAGAUGGACGCUCUCGCGACUUUCCCUGCAGUUGACGAAAGAGAAUUCGCUUCUUCUUCCUUUGAACUCACUCGCCAGCUUCGUCUCUAUGGCGGCCUCCUAGUUGCAAUCAUGACCGAGUCUCACCUUCUCUCGUGCAUGGCUUCUCGCUCUCCUUCCUCUUCUUCCUCUUCUUCCUCUCCUUCGUCCUCUUCUUCUUCUUCCUCUCCUUCGUCUUCUUCGUCCUCUUGUUCGUCGGCGGAGUCAGGUGGAGGCCGUGAUGCCGCGUCCUCGCCCUGCAUGUGUCUCUGUCGGACUUGUACAGCAGCGGCGGUGAUCCAAACAGGCUUGCCCAUCAUUCGCAAGAGUCUGUUGCAUCCCUACAAGCAGGUUCGAGAGGAAGUCUCUCGUCUGGUCAGCGUCGUCAUCUGCCUCGGCAACGACGAAGAUCUCCGGCAGGUUGAGCGCGAGAGGGCCUCUGUGCAGGCGGAGUAUCUGCAGGGGCGACAGAGGACCUGCGCGUCUGCGUCCCGCGGCUCGCAAGAACAAGCAGUGGACGAGACAGCGCGCAAGAGAGAGGGACUUCGACGAGACAGCGAGCAGAGGGUCGAACGAACCGAUGGCCCGCAGCAGAGACAGGCGACAUGCGCAUGCAGUAUCGCUAAAUACAGAAGUGAACUUCAGGCGCUUCUUCUCACGCGCACUGCCGCUCUCGCGCCUGCCAUCGAUGCGGACACAGGUCCUGUGGGUGCAAGUCAGCCUGGAGAAAGCAAGACGCCGUUUUUGUGUGGAAGCGCGACGAUUCUGACGACAUGUUUCUACUUGCUUCUUCAACACGACGCGGGACUGCUGGCUGCCUGCGCAGCUGGCGGGACGCAUGCACUCGACUGGUGCAUGAGUGCGUCGGCGACGUUUUUGGCGACGUCGAAGCGCCGAGAGCUGACAGAGAAGCUCGAAGGUCCAGACUCUUCUUUUCUUUGGGCUGCGUCCGCCCUGCCCGAAAACGACGGAGAGGUCGGCCGAGACAAUCCACGGAAAGAGGCGAAAGGUGAAGAAGAAACGACGGUGGGGGCAUUCGACGGAGACCGAGCCUUUCUGGAGAAGCUCGGCCUCUCCGGAGGGCCUCUGAUGUUUCUUUUGGUCGCGACGAAACACCCAGAUCGGGACAUUCAGAGUCUCGCGGCGACGGUGGCCAAGCUGCUGUGUCUGCAGCCUCUGCAGCCACAGCUUCUCCGAGACUUCUCAGCAAGAAACGGGAGUCCGCAAGCUGAGAAGAAACGCGACGACGUGGAGACGGAAACGACCGAAAAGCAAGAAGACUUAGGAGACGAGUUCGCGAACCAAGUUGAAGAACUCGCAAAGGCGCCCGUCACUGUCCAAGUCCGCCAGCUAGUUGAAGCCUUCGCUUCCUAUAUGCGCCACCCUUCGUGGAAAGUCCGCUGCGCUGCAGUUCGCCUUUCAGAGCUUCUGGGAUGCCAGUAUCGCAUGCUUCUGUGUGGAAGUCAGACGUAUCGGCGCUUGGUGGAGAUCGGCAUCGCCGGCCUUCAAGACCCUCAGCCGGAGGUGCAGCAGGCGGCGAAAGUUGCUCUUUCUUUUCUUCUUCUGUCUUGUACAGAUCAGGAAUGCAGGCAUUACACGCAAGUUUUCCUGGAGAUCGCUGGGCCGUCCGCGCCGACGCCUCACGCGUCUGAGCGCCGAAGACGCCUGGCGCAACCGAACGAAGGAGGUCCGAGCGAAGGAGUUAUCCAACUGCAUGCAGUCUCUUCGCCAGGCGAUGGCGCAUGUCUGAAGCCCUCGAGGAAUCCUCUUGCAGGCGUUCUGGGCCUCGCGGCUCUCGUGCAUGCAGCGCCUUUCCACGUUCCAGACUGGCUGCCAGAGACGAUCACAUGUCUGGCAAAAUACGCCAACGCGAAGAUGAGCGACGCCAUCCGGCGCCAGGUCGAGAAGACACUCCAGGAGUUUUACCGAACUCAUCAGGACGCAUGGCAACAACUCCACGUUCACAAGUUCUCCUCCGAACAACUUGAUGUCUUAGACACCUACAAAGGUCGUCCGACGUAUUUUGCCUAGGGAAACAGAGCUGAAACACGGCGGGGUGCGGUGAGCCUUUGCAAGAUUCAAUUUGUGCAAAGCCAUCUGUGAAGGAAGUCGUGACUUGCUGCUUUGCGAUCCAGCGUGAAGUGACAGGAGGAAACACAGAGGCAGGAAAAAGCUGCCUCUGCAUGGAGAGCUGAUGUCUUUCCGUGCUUGAGAAAAUGAUUGAAGUACGCAUGUCUUUGUUCGAGGGCUCAUUCAGUCGCUUCUGUGUACAGAACCUUCUGUACCUUUUUUCCUAGUUCCCUGUGGUAGCAUCUUUGGCGGCCUGGAGUUCUGAAACAACAUUCCGAUUCCGCGUCCAGCGCAUGUGUCUGCACCUUGCAGAACCGCUUUUCGGUUUACCAGUCCAAACAGGGGAGGCGGGCUGGACUUUGUUGCUGCUGUGGUGUACUGACAGCCGUGUAUGGGCGUCUCUCCAGAAAAUGUACGGGAAGAACUAUUUUCUGAUGUCUCUGUUUCAGUUUAAAAUUCGUUUGACUAGAUGUUGUACCGUUGCGUUGGGGCAUACACGGUUACAGACGGUGAGUCUGUGUAUUCGCAUUGGAUGUAGCUCAGAUCGCACAAGCGCAGAGGCACUACGAUACCUAGGGUGCAUCACCACCUCUCUGAACUGUCUGAGACAGGUACAUGUAAUGAAACAUAAUACUCGGC